CUAGGAUCUAUCACAACGACGUGUGGCGCUCUCAGGACGGGGCGAACUGGACGCAGCUGGCCGAGCACGCGCCGUGGGCUAAGCGUGCGGGCGCGGCGCUCGCGGUGAUGGGCGACGCUCUCUUUCUCUUCGGCGGCGAGUGUGGCUUCCUGGCCGAUGUCGACGGUGUGCUCCCGUACUUUAACGAUGUGUGGCGCACGCGCGACGGCGCUAGGUGGGAGCGAGUCACUGCAGAGGCACCGUGGCCGUCGCGCCCAGGGCACUGGGUGCUGCCACUGGCCGAUCGGUUCGUCCUGUUUGGCGGCUUUCGACCGGACGAGACGGGCAUCGGGGAAGACAACCCCGUCGACAUGUGGACCUCGGCCGAUGGCGAGAAGUGGUCCCUCCUCGCGGCUAGGCCGUGGAGCGCCACCACAUCGGCCGACGUGAAAUACGACUUCGCCGCGAUCGUGUCGUCAUCGUCGUCGGAUUCGUCCAUCUACACCUUUGGUGGAGACCGCGAGACGUUCAACUUCUUUGACCCCGUCAACUACUUGCGCAUCGACAAUGACGUCUGGGCCUUUGGCCCCGUGCGCCUUGCCCAUGGCGUGGAGGUCGGUGCAGCCGUCUGAGCUCCUCUGUCUAUCUAGCACAGUCACUCUUCCGCUGGCGGCAGCCCCCCUCGAUCCGUGUUUCUUUUCCCAGAUCCCGCUAAACCAUGUUUUUCGCUUUUCGUUUUGGAUGAAUUUCAGAUUACUUCGG